AUGGCAACAACCUUGACGGGUGGAAACCCGCAUAUCAUCGAGCUCCCCAAAACACCCAACAGCGCAGAGCCAGAUGCCGGAGCGGUGGUCCAACAGUGGUUCACGGCUUUAGAGAUGGCAUUGUCAAGGUCAGCAAGCCUCGACAUUGCCUCAUUAUUCCACGAGGACUCAUGGUGGCGAGAUAUGCUGGCUCUGGAUUGGGAUAUGCGCACCUUGCACAGUGCGGCUGAGAUCUCCGAGUUCCUCAGCGCCCAUCAAAGCAAGGCCCGGCUUUCAGCUUUUCGAAUCCAAGAACAAGGCAAAUUUCAGCCACGCUGGGAAAAUGUGGUCGACGGGUUGAGCUGGAUUUCCAGCAUGUUCUUUUUGAGACUGCUUUUGGUCAAGGGACUAAAGGGAGCCGAGGAGCCUUUGGGAAAGAAAAGACCCGAAGGGACUACGGAGAGUAUGCCCGGUGGACUUGCGGGUGGGACGUGGAUUGAGAGGAGGGCGAGGCAGAAGGAGUUCUUGGAUGCAGAACCGACGGUGUUGGUCGUUGGUGCUGGUCAAGCUGGUUUGAACAUGGGCGCGCGUCUACAGAACCUGGGGCUUUCUUGCUUGAUUGUUGACAAGCAUGAGCGAAUUGGUGAUAAUUGGCGCAAGCGGUAUCGUACACUCGUCACCCAUGACCCUGCCGAAUUCACCCAUAUGGCCUAUCUCCCUUUCCCGCAGAAUUGGCCUCAGUUCACACCAAAGGACAAGCUAGGUGACUGGUUUGAAGCCUACGCCAAUAUCAUGGAACUCAAUGUCUGGAUGAAGACCACUGUCAUUUCAGCCAACUACAAUGAUGCUACCGCCCAAUGGACAGUAAAUGUGACUCGUGGUGAUGGAUCCCAGCGGACACUUCAGCCCCGUCAUGUUAUUUGGUGCACCGGACACUCCGGCGAGGCACGAAUUCCAAGUUUCCCGGGCCAAGAUUCAUUCCAAGGCACCCUGUAUCACGGAAGCCAACACACCGACGCGUCCGAAUACGACGUCCGAGGCAAAAAGGUAGUUGUCGUCGGCACCGGUAACAGUGGUCAUGAUAUUGCCCAGAACUACUACGAGAACGGUGCGGACGUAACCAUGCUCCAACGAAGCGGAACAUACGUGAUCACCGCCGACAAAGGUGUCUUCAUGAUGCACAAGGGUCUUCACGAGGACGGUGGCCCGCCCACAGAAGAGGCUGACAUUGUCUCUGAGAGCUUGCCCUUCCCGGUUCAAUUCGCAUUAAGUGUGCACAUGACUCGUCGCAUUGCAGAUGCCGAGAAAGAAACAUUGGAUGGUCUGCGUCGUGCGGGCUUCCAAUUAGAUUUCGGACCUGACGGCGCUGGUAUUGCCCGGGCGUACUACACGCGCGGUGGCGGUUAUUAUAUCGAUGUUGGCUGCAGCUCGCUGAUUAUCGAUGGUAAGAUCAAGGUGAAGCACAGUCCCCAGGGAAUCACUGGCUUUGGCGCCCGUGAAGUGAAGCUCGCUGAAGGCAUCGACUUGCCUGCUGACGUUGUCGUACUCGCGACUGGUUAUGACAACAUGCGGACGACGGUGCGGAAGGUACUGGGUGAUAGAAUUGCAGACCGGUGCUUGGAUGUUUGGGACUUGGACAACGAGGGAGAACUCCGAGGAAUGUGGCGACCAAGCGGUCAUCCAGGAUUCUGGUACUUUGGCGGCAACCUUGCAUUGUGUCGAAUCUAUUCCAAGUUCCUGGCGUUGCAAAUCAAGGCUAUAGAGAUGGGUAUUAAGACGCAGCCCCGGGAGAAUAAGAUCUAA